AUGUAUCUUCUACUGUCCCUCAAUCUAUUCUGUUCCGUAGAACUGUCCGAACUGAUCAGUUAUUUAAGGACCAGAUUUGGAGACCGGACUGUACCUCCUCCGGAGUCGGAUUCCACUUCACCACUGGAAGCAACAGAAUCGGAUCAAUGGACAUGGCUUUUGAAUAUGUUAUCCGACCCGCUGUUACAACACGCAUUUCUCAUGCACGAUCGUGUGGCCUCAGCAUACGAACAGUGCCGUUCUCGGCUCGAGCCCCGACCGCGACAUCGUUGGCCCGUUCUACCAGGCAUGGCUUGUGACACGUUAGACGCAGUACUCACUCACGUGUUCACUGUCCUACAACGCCCGGUCUGCUUGGACACGGAGACUAUGAACAAUCUGUCGUAUCUGCACAGUUUACUUUCGAAACCGAAUUUUAAGAAUUUGCUGUUGGCUAUGGAUGGUUUGGCCAAUACGUGGCUUUUUGAUGUCUCUGAGGAGGAUGCAGAAAUUUUGGAUGCAGAAGACGCG